AUGACAGAUGUUCCUUCUCCUCAAGAGGGCCCAGUUCCGACUCCCGAUUCUACGGUAAUCAAUGGAAAGGGCCGUUAUGCUGGGGGCCCUGCUUCUCCACUUGCCAUAGUCAACGUGGUCCAGGGUACCAAAUACCGGUUCCGACUUGUUUCCAUUUCCUGUGAUCCAAAUUUCGUCUUUUCGAUUGACGGACAUACCAUGAAAAUCAUCGAAGUCGAAGGAGAAAACGUUGUUCCUAUUGAUGUUGACUCCAUACAAAUAUUUGCUGGUCAAAGAUACUCGUUUGUCCUAAAUGCGAACCAAGAAAUUGACAACUACUGGAUCCGCGCACAACCAAGUGUUGGGACAUUAGGAUUUUUAGGUGGAUUGAACUCCGCAAUUUUGCGAUAUAGCGGUGCGGCCGCCACAUAUCCUGCAUUUGUCCUGAUACCACCGGUCUCUACAUCACCUCUGCGUGAAAUCGAUUUGCAUCCGUUGACAAAUCCUGCUGCACCUGGAUUGCCCACCAUAGGUGGAGCAGACGUCAACAUAAACCUUGCCCUUGGAUUUAACCCCUUGACACUGCAAUUCCUAGUGAAUGGUGUUCCCUUUGUUUCCCCUAAUGUCCCUGUCCUUCUGCAGAUUCUCAGUGGUACUACAAGUGCCGCCUCACUUCUUCCCUCUGGAUCCAUCUACCCACUUCCUCCAAAUAAAGUUAUUGAGAUUACCAUUCCCGGCGGCCUAUUGACCAGUGUAGUGGGUGCUCCGCAUCCCUUCCAUCUUCACGGGCAUACAUUCAGCGUCAUUAGGAGUGCUGGAAGUCUUACCUACAACUAUGUGGACCCAGUUCGGCGUGAUGUUGUCAGCACAGGUAUUCUUGGAGACGAUGUUACCAUCCGCUUCGUGACCGACAAUCCGGGACCUUGGUUCCUCCAUUGCCACAUUGACUGGCAUCUUAAUACUGGCCUCGCAGUAGUCAUGGUGGAGGACAUUGACGAUAUUGAAUCUGCAAAUCCUGUUCCGACGGCUUGGGAGGACUUGUGUCCGAUUUAUGAUACCCUCACUGACAAUGACAAAGGUGCCAUUGUGCCGUAG